AUGAGUCAAGAACAAGCAAAAUUAACGGAUUACAGAACUACUACAGAUUAUAAGCUGUCUAUAAGCAGCAAUCCUGCAUCGAGAAGAUCCUCACUUGCCUCUACUAGCGAGGGGAACUUCGGUAGUUCCACAGGCAAUGCUGAUACAAACCAUAUGGAUAAUGGUGAUGAUGGAUCAAAUGUGAUACAUGAAUUUCUUUUACCCCAAAUCCAAGAAUUAACCGACUCUAUGAUCACUUUGGAUGGGAAUCUAACGCGAUUAAACUUUAUCCAUGAAAGUCUCGUUGAUUUAAAUGAAUCCAUUGGGUCGCUACUUUAUGGACUGAUGUGUAACUCUUGGUGUGUUGAAUUUCCAAAUGUUCCUCACGUGCUAGAGAGAGAAUUGAGAACCGUGAAACGAAUAGAAUGGAUGAAAGCUGAAAAGAAAUCACUACAGGAACAGAUUGCUAACAUUAGAAAUGGCAACGAUAAUAAUCAGAAUAUUUCCAAAGUUAAUAACUAUAAUAAUGCGAACAAAAAUCAAAAAGGAUCAUUCAAUCCCCCUUUAUUCCCCUCAACGCAAGGUCGGACUACUUCAAGAAACCCCGAUAACAGUAACACUCAUGCUAUUAUCAACAAGUCCUCUCAUAAAAUGGCAUCUUCUAACAAGCAUCCUGAAAAUAAUGACGAAAAUAUAGAUGAUAAUAGUAGUGAAGCAUCAUUUGUUUCUAAUCCUGCAUUGGAAUUCCAGAAUUCCGGUAAUAACCAUAAUAGUAGCAAGAGUAAGCUAAGGAGGAAGUCAAUCCUGCACACAAUUAGAAAUAGUGUGGCAUCACAUGCAGAUGUUUAUGAUCGAGAGAGCACGGCAACGGGAAAUAGAAUGUCCUUAGGAACUGGGGCGAGUAGGAUAGUAAAGAAGACUAACAUAGCGGCACCAUCGCAAAGAAGGAGCACAAUAUUGAAAGGCCAUGCCUCUCGUGUUUCCUCUGGUAAUGCCCGUUCUCAGGCCAAAAAUCCUCCCAGCUCGGAUAGCGAUAAAAGAAGACCACCGUUUAGGUAA